AUGGAUCCUGUAACGCAACCAACACAGCAAGCCACACAGUCCACGCAGAAAUAUCUAAUUGAGAAGUUUACCCAAGAGAAAAUCGAUGAGAAUAUAGUUUGUAGGGUGAUCUGUACCAAUGGUAAGAUACCCAUGAAGGAUCUUAGGAUAGACACUACCCCUCAGGAACUACUAAGAAUCAAAGAACCCAUCAAGAAGGUCUGGACUUUCGGGAGAAAUUUGAAUUGUGACUAUUAUCUGGGAAAUAUAUCAAGAUUAUCAAAUAAGCAUUUCCAGAUCCUAUUAGGGGAAGAUGGUAAUUUGAUGCUUAGAGAUUCGUCUACCAACGGCACUUUGCUUAAUGGGAUGAAAAUAGAAAAGAAUAACAACAUGAUCUUAUCUCAAGGGGAUGAAAUUGUCGUCGGUGCAGGUGUUCCUGAAGAUAUUGUCUCGUUAGUAAUAUUCAUUAACGAAAACUUCAAGAGACGAUUGAAUGAAUUGAAAUCAAACGAUAGUUACAACUCUAACGGGUCGAGAAGGACACCUGAGUCCAUGCUGACGGGGAUCUACAAGGACUUCUCAAUACAGGACGAAGUAGUUGGUCAAGGUGCAUUUGCUACUGUUAAGAAAGCUGUUGAGAGAACCACAGGUAAGACGUAUGCAGUGAAAAUAAUAAAUAAAAGGAAAGUGAUGGGUAAUUUGGAUGGUGUCACUAGAGAAUUAGAGGUUUUAAAGAGGCUCAAUCAUCCAAGAAUUGUCAGUUUGAAAGGAUUUUAUGAAGAUAAUGAAAGUUACUACAUGGUGAUGGAAUUUGUAUCUGGGGGUGAUUUAAUGGAUUUCGUAGCAGCGCAUGGCGCAGUCGGUGAAGAUGCAGGCAAAGAGAUAUCUAGACAGAUAUUGGAAGCUGUCAAAUACAUUCAUUCAAUGGGAAUUAGUCAUAGAGAUCUGAAACCCGACAAUAUACUAAUUGAACAGGAUGACCCUGUACUAGUGAAGAUUACAGAUUUUGGUUUGGCCAAAGUCCAGGGGAAUGGUACGUUUAUGAAGACAUUUUGUGGUACUCUGGCGUAUGUGGCACCAGAAGUAAUUGGAAGUUCAAGUAAAUACAAUGAAGAAGAUGAAGAAAGAAACGAAUAUUCGUCGUUAGUCGAUAUGUGGUCGAUGGGAUGUCUUGUGUAUGUGAUUUUAACAGGUCAUUUACCAUUUAGUGGGAGUACGCAAGAGCAAUUGUAUAAACAGAUUAGUAGGGGUUCGUACCAUGAAGGACCUUUGAAAGACUACAGAAUAUCCGAUGAAGCAAGGGAUUUUAUUGAUUCUUUAUUGCAAGUAGAUCCCAGCAAUCGAUUAACGGCGGCAAGGGCCCUGGAACAUCCAUGGAUCAAGAUGGUGUCUUUAAAUAAUGAAAUAGAGUCACUAGGAAGUGAACCGCCUUCCCAAGUAUCAUUAUCACAAUCCUUAUCGCAACAGAAAUCCAUUGAAAAGAUGGAUGAUGCACAAUAUGCGUUUCUCAAGCAACAGAGAAAGCAAGAGAUGGAAAUUUUCGUGAAGGAACAAGAAGAACUGAAAACGAAAGGGUUUAAAAUACCUAACCACCCACCGAUGAGAUUUACACAACAGCAGGCCACAACGAAAAGAACGCCUGCCCAUGCAAGUAAAGCAGUUACCAGGAGGAAGAACAACAAUGCCGGAGGUAAGUUUUUAACGUUGCGCCCCUUACAAGAAAGUAAGAUACAGGACAGUCUAUAUAUACAUCAAGGUAUAAAUCCCUUUUUUAUUGGCAGAUCAGACGACUGUAACUGUAAGAUUAAAGACAGUAGGCUUUCGAGGGUACAUUGUUUCAUAUUGAAGAAGAGACACGUAGUGGGGAACAGCAUAUACGAGUCACCUGCACAAGGUCUAGACGAUCUGUGGUAUUGCCAUUCGGGGACCAACGUAAGUUAUAUCAACGACGUUAAGAUCGGCGCUGGACAGAAGUAUCUCUUACAAGAUGGAGACGAAAUCAAGAUCAUUUGGGACAAAAACCAGUUUUUCCUCAUCGGUUUCAAACUGACUAUCAAUGACCCAACAGGUCUUUUCAAGGACGGAGGAAUAGAUGGCACUGACAACCACGAAAGAACCAUCGAACCACAGACCAAUGACGAGAAGAACUACGUCAAGAGGCUGAGCGAGAUGAUGAAGAACUAUCACUACGCCAACAUUGUCACGAGCGACCCGGACAUAACUACAGUCGAGAAUGACAACGGCAGUGACAUCUUAAAGAGAGUGCACUCGGUGAGUCUACAAUCGCAAUCGCAAAGGGACCCGUCACGCAAAGUGAAGCGUGCCAAACUGGACAAUGCUACCAAAGAGGACCCGGACAAUCUACCAUUCUACUAG